UGAAACAUAAGGAGGACAUAGAAAAGCUAAAGGCCACAUAUGAGCAUGGCUUUGUCACCAUGGAGGAAUCCCAGCAGAGGAUCGUGGGGGAACUGCAGCACAGACACCAGCAGGACCUGCAGCGCCUGCAGUUAGACACAGACAGACUGCUGGAGGAGGAGACGGCUGCUACUAUCACAGCAAUUGAAGCAAUGAAGAACGCUCACCGUGCCGAAGUCAAGAGAGAGAUACAGAGGGCAUGCCAUGAAAACAACAAUGCAGGAGAUGUGAAUCUUGGAGAAAUAUGCAGGCAACACAGUGAGGAGCUGGUCUCCUGUCACAGGGAGCUGGGGGUGUUGUCCCAGCAGUACUCUCUGAAGUGUCUGGAGAGCUCCCACCUGGGCCAGGCCCUGGAGGCAGAGAGACAGGCUCUGUGUCAGUGUCAGCAGGAGAACCAGGACCUCAGAACUCGCAACCAGGAGCUGAGUGGCCAUCUUGCUGCAGAGAUCACCAGACUUUGCUCUCUGGCCAAGCAGGACGCCUUCCCUCUUAGUCAGGAGAGAGAUGUGUAUGAGCUGGAGAUCUCCCUGCGUGUGAAGGAGUCAGAGGUGCAGUGCCUCAAGCAGAAGAUCACCUCGCUCAAGGAUGAACUCCAGACAGCCCACAGGGAUAAGAGGUAUGCAACAGAGACGUACAAGGACAUCUACACAGAGCUAAGCAUCAUGAGGGCCAAGGCAGAGAGAGACCUGGGACAUCUCAGGGAGAACCUGAGGUUGGCCCACAAAGCACUAGGAGAGCUCUCACCUGCAGUGGACACAGAUAAUAAUGGUACACAUGACAUUAAGCUGGUGGCCCGGCCUUCAGGGAUUCAGAUAUGAACCACUGAUGUGAAAACGACAAGGUGUUGAGUGCUGCCACUCUGAGGUCAAAACCUGCAUGACAGCCAAGUCUCGCUGGAUGUUUCCCCAACCACCUCUGGUUUUGGCAGCAUCACUAGUCUGUAUCGUAAUACAGACAAUUUGUGAAUAACCUCAUUCUGUUAUGUAUCUUAAUAAUAUUGGAUGUAUCUGAAUCCUCUGACUGUUAUCUGUGCAGUUUGCUGUAGCAUGUCAGUUAGUCCUUUAGAUUUUGAUUAACCCUUGACGUUCUGUCCAUUUCUUACACAAAUUAAAGAAAGGGGCUCUAAUUAGAAGUCAUCUUGUACAGUGGUGCAGCAUAACCCUAUAGAGAUCUCCUU